GAGCCAUGCCCUGUUGUAAGCGAACGGAGGUCCGGAGGGUUUGUCGGCCGAUGCCGUCGCUCCUUGCCCGACUUAAUUGUACUCCGUGCAACCGCGUCCUGUUCUUCGUGAUCGGAGUUGGACUGGGCGUGCUCUUUGUGCGCAACAAGGACGAUAAGUCGGGAGACAAGAAGAAGGACAGUGGCAAGGGCAAGAAGUAGGACCGUUAACUUUCUGCCACGGUUGGUAGUCUCAAGUUCCCCUGGCAACCCUGACAAUAGCUAAUCGAAGUUGUUAUCGAAAUCGAACCAUCUCCAACCAUCUUCAAUCAAGGACCCAAAAAAAAUUACCGGCAGCCUGGUAUUAAGCAUUCAAGACAAAUGCCAUUUGAUAAGUUUGUCCGCGGAAGAAUUGAUUCAUUAGGAAAUUUCUCAGUUGAUAAAUUUGUCAAUUGAACAUUUACCUUCGUUCAAGACGGAUUUCUUCGAUUGAUACAUUCUCUAUGCCUCUGUUGAUAGAAUUGUUAAUUGGUGCUAUACACGACAUUCGCCCUGGACUUCCCACCAUUUAACUUGGAAUGCAAACGCUCUAAUCCAUGGUCAUUAUUGGACGGGUGGCAUAAUGGUUCAGGAAAUGGAAAAUGGACAAUAAAUUAUUCAGCGAAGAAAUUAAUCUGCAUAUUAAAUUAAAACAUGUACUGCUUCUGAACAAUUUAAUAAAUUUUGUUAAUUCUAAAACUAAAUACAUAAAAAAUAAAUAAGUACUAAAAGCAA